CAUUUGUAGUUAUAGGAUAUACGAUGUUUUGCACUUAAGCCAUCGAUAUUAUGGUUAGGUUAAUGUUCAUCAUUCGAAUAAAACUGGAUAUAUGAGUAUAUAAAAAAUGGGGUAUCAUAAGCUUCGCAAACAUCCAAUCUUAUCUGAUAUUGUUACGACAGAAUUAUUCAUUAGAUCAGAUAAUAAACUUUAUGCAUUCCUCAUAAAUUCACAUCAAAUACAUGAGUGUCACAUCUAUUCUCGUGGACAUGUAUAGUUUCAAUUCCGUGUCAGUCAUAUUUAUAGGUAUGUACAUCAAAAAUUUCAAUAUAGCUGUUUCAUUUUCGAUGUUAGCUUUCAGUAUUACAAAUAUAGAAUGUUUAACAUCGUCACAUCUACCUGAAUUGUUGGUACCUUGCUAUAAUGGAAGUUUUAAUAUGGAAAAUAAACCACCCUUAACAGUUAAAUUGUUAGUUGAGACUUUGAGGAAAAUUGAAUUGAACGAAAAGAUUAGUACAAACCUAAGGAUACUUCAAACUACACUUUUACAUAGGAUAAUAUUCGAUGGCAUCCUGAAGUCAGAGAGGGGUAUAGGAGACAAUGAAGCCUUUUUAUAUCGAGCUAGGGGUCGUGAAUUUCACAAAUAUAAAUUAGUUACAGAUUAUUUAGUUACAGGAGCAAGUACCUUGUCUUUGAACGAAUCACUAUCCCAGCAUGAAAUUUGUUUUUUACACAACAUGCUCUCUGUCACAACCGACAAACAUUACAGAGGAGAUGAAGAUAUAACUUGUAAUUUCAAAUCUUCCAAGACUCCUAUACCAACAGUUGAAUUGCAGAUUCAGAACAAUAAAUAUAGUGCUUGUCCUCGUAUGAAAGGCAAUCUGUUUACAAAAUGGGGAUCUGUAACACCAGGACAUCUAGUUUAUGGUCUUAGUGCAGCCCUGGAAAAUACUGAAACAUCUUUUGAUACUAUACUGAAGGAGAUUAAUAAAACUGGUACAAAGUUUGGAUCGGAUAAAGCUAAUAGUGUUUGGAUAUCAACAAUUGCAGGAGAUCUAGCUGAGGCUUUACUCAAUCAAGCCAGUGAUGAACUGAAACUAGGAAUUCUUGGAUUCUGGAAUGAUUCGUCAUUUCCUAUCAAUUAUUAUUUGUCAGAUUAUUCUUCGGACUUAGUAGAGAGCAUGUUAUUGGGUGGAAUUGACAGUUUGAUUCUUGCAUCAAAUAUAUUGACAUGGGAAAAAACGCUAAUGUCAACAAGAUUCUCCCAAAUUAUAGAUAUGUAUUACUCAAACAGAGGUAUUUCUUAUAAUUCAACGAUAAAAGCAUCCAACAGAAAAGUAAUUUUUUCGGAAAUUCUGAAGAAAACUAAUUUAACUCAUCAGGUAAUUGGAGCGGCUACUUUAUUGAAGGAAAUAGCCAAUUACGAUAGAUUUCUCAGCGACAAUGAUAUUAGAGAAAUGGCUACGCUGGCUGUAGACAAAUUUGAAGCAAUUAUUGAAUUUUUGUUUGCAGAUGAUAUUCUAAGAAAGUACGAUUCUGUAGAGUACGUAGAUGUAAAUGAAGUUAGAAGUUCGUUAGAAAUUAUAAUAAUAAUGGAUGGUAGCUUUGAUCAUUUCACAUCGAAAAAAUUAAUUUAUUCUCUUGCAGAGGCAAUGGAUGUUUCUUAUUAUGGAAGCAAAUUGGGUAUUAUAAAUGGUGAAAAUGGCAAGUGGAUUUCAAAUGUCACAGGACAAAUUUACACCAUAUUUAAUGACAUCGAAAAUUCCAAGAGCUCAUGGCCAUCGAAACUUUCGUUGGGCCUUUCUUUGCAGAAAAUAUUUGAGUAUUACCUAGAUGAAAUGACCAAGGGGUGUGAAAGCCCUAAAAAACCAUUAGGAAGGACUGUUAUCAUAUUAUCCAAAAAGGCAAAACCCAGCAAUUCUGAUCUAGAUGCAUAUAAGGCGGUGCUAUUUUCUCUAAAAAAUGCCUUUCCUGAUAUUAACAUCAUAUACGCACUAUCCCAUGAUAUUCAGCAGUUUUAUUACGAUUUACCAAACAGAUAUAAGAAUGACAGUUAUGUAAAUAUUGCUGAUGAUAUAGAAACAAUUUCCAACAGCUUAGGAAAAAUUUUACAAAGGAUUCCGGGACAAAUUGUUAACAUUUAUUGUAAUGAUUCUAACUCAAGAAUGGAAGAUUAUUUAACACCAGGUGUUGAGAGAUUCUAUGAAAUACAUGAGGAAUACAUCAAUAAAUAUAAUUUCGAAUUGGAAUUCUUAGGAAAUGGUUAUGGAGAUAUAUCUAUUUGCUCAAAUUCUUUCGGAACAAGCUCGAUCAGAAGCUGUAAAAACAUCACUGCAAAUAAUAAAAUUAAAAUAAAAUCGGCAGAUUUAUGCUCAGAGGAUUUAAGAUGUAAUUUACAAUUGAUUCUGAAAGUUAAUAGUUCAACUCUUCGUUGUGUGGAGAAUGAUUGCAGAUAUCCUGACCAAGUUAGAUUGGAAAUUUCAUGGUUGAAGUCUGGUUCUGCGUUUUAUACAGCAAACAUAAAAUUUUUAUCAAUAAUACUCUUCAUAAAGUCGGUGUGUUUCACUUGAAGACUAAAAUAUUUUCGAAAUUUUGAGGAACCUGAAGCUCAACGAAACAAAUCAAUUGAAUAUAGGUACUUUGUGGAUGUAUUUAUGAUUAAAUUUGUAUUUUAUUGA